CUGAAGGUAUAAAGAGAUGAGAUACUGUAUAUGAACACAAUGUGAGUUGGAGAGGGGCAGAAACGCAUCACGGGGGAGAAAUUAUAUACAUUGGAGAAAGAAGAACAUUUUCCUGUAGGAUUCUUUAUCAUUCACAUUUAUAGCGUGAGGAAAGCUCUUCUAAGUCGUUCUGUUUUCCUUACAUGAUGUAACUGUUAUGGUGCGCCAAAGUUGUGAAAUUAGAAUAACAUCUCAAGUUUGAUCUAAACAUCUGAGUGAUGAAAUACACUUGUCUCUCAGAAAUGGAUCAGAAAUGGAUUUCAGUCUUCUUCCUUCUCUCAGAAAUGGAUCAGAAAUGGAUUUCAGUCUUCUUCCUUCUCUCAGCUAUCUAUGGUCUGUCUGCAUACGUUCCUCAUCAGUAUAUCUUUGUGAAUGAGAGUAAAACCUGGACUGAAGCUCAGAGCUACUGCAGACAGACCUACACUGAUCUGGCCACCAUCAACAACAUGGAGGAGAUGAAGAAGCUGAAUGACACUGUGCAAGAUAAAUCUGUUAGGGUCUGGAUCGGCCUAGAAAAAGUGACCUGGCAGUGGUCUCUGCAAGAUGGAACAGUCUACAGAGAAGGACAGUCAUACAGCAACUGGAAUACGGGAGAACCAAACAGUAAAGCUGGAACGGACGUGUGUGUUCAGAUGUAUACAGGUGGAAACUGGAAUGAUGAAGACUGUAGCCGUUUAUUUCCUUUCGUGUGUUUUGAAGAAAGAAAAAGUAGUUAUGUAUUUAUUGAUUACAUGAAGAGCUGGCAUGAAGCUCAGAGCUACUGCAGAAAGAAUCACACAGAUCUGACCAGCGUGAGGAACCAGGCUGAGAAUGACGAGAUAAAGAAGGUAGCCAAUGGAAAAAAUGUUUGGAUCGGCCUGUUCAGAGAUUUCUGGAAGUGGUCAGAUCAGAGUUACUCUUCAUUUCAAAACUGGAAGCAAAACCAGCCAGAUUAUUUUCUUGGAAUAGAGAACUGUGCUCAUAUUGAAAUAAAUGACGGGGGUCGCUGGAAUGAUCAAAACUGUGAAAGAAAGUUUCCAUUCCUCUGCUCUGAGGGGAAAAACUCUACAUACAUGUUGAUUAAGGAGGCAAAGACCUGGCGUGAAGCUCAGAGCUACUGCAGAGAACAUUACACAGACCUGGUCAGUGUGAGGAACCAGACUGAGAACCAGCAGAUAUUAGAUUUAACAAAAAAUCCAGUCAGUAAUGAUGUGUGGAUUGGCCUGUUUUACGACUCCUGGAAGUGGGCAGAUCAGAGUGCCUCCUUGUUCCGAUACUGGGCAUCAACACAGCCAGAUAAUAAUGGUGGAAAUCAGAACUGCACUGCAGUGUUUAUGGCUGAGCAGGGCCAAUGGCAUGAUUUAAACGGCAACAGCCAACUCCCAUUCAUCUGCCAUCAGAAUAAGCUGAUCUUGAUCAAGCAGAAUCUGACCUGGAGAGAAGCUCUGAGAUACUGCAGAGAUCAUCAUGUGGAUCUGGUCUCAGUUCACUCUGAGGAGAUCCAGCUCUGGGUGAAGGAGGUGGCACAGAAAGCCUCCACUGAACAUGUGUGGCUGGGUCUGCGUCACACCUGCACCCUCAGCUUCUGGUACUGGGUGAGUGGAGAGUCUAUCUGCUACCAGAACUGGGCUCCAGGUAACGGGACAGGAGAAGAAGACUGCAGCUCUGUAGAGAGAACUGGAGCGGUGCAGUCUAGAGGAGGUCAGCAGUGGGUCAGCCUGCCUGAGGACCAGGAACUCAACUUCAUCUGCACCACCUAUGAAGAUGAAAUAUGAAAACAGGCUGUGGUCCAUCAUCUGUCCUCAACAUCAGUGGAUUCACGUUGCUGUCUUGUCUAUGUUUGCAUUUCUGUACAGAUUAUGGGAACUAACAAGAUGCUUAACACUUUAUUUAUGUAUCUCAAGUUUUGGAACUAAACCUUUUUAGAAUUGCU